ACAUAGCGAUAUGGGCAGCAGGCCAACGCUCUAGACAACGUGCCUGACCGAAGCGAAGUGUGUGGCCCGCUGUUGUGGUACAGUGCAAACACUUCUCAAAUCACACGCAAAACCCUUUGCCUGCGCCAAUUGACACAGAUCGUUCCGGUUUGCAGAGGCAGCAGCAGCAGCAAGUGUUUUACUGGUGAAGUUACAGUACCCGCUACCAAAAAUGUUGUUCUACUCAUUCAGCGCCGAGUGGAUGACCGCAGACCGGUGCUCUCAUCGACGCAGCACGACCACUUCGGCGGUAGCCUGCUACCUACUGCUGGUCGCACUGGUAGCGCUGGCAGCACGGCCCGUUUCCGGUCAAGAGGAUGCUCAAGGUUUCGAGAUUCGAUCGCUAUCCGGUGAACCGGACUACAAAUCGGUGAACCUCACCUGGGAGGUGGAAAACGUACAUGAAGGGGAUGAGGAUGAUGACGGACGGCCGGCAGGCUAUAAGGGACGUUCGGUAAAACUUCCCGUCUCCUCUACUUCAAUGUCCUCGUCGCGUGGUCCACGGUCGUUCAACGUGUUCUACUGCGAGCUGCAGAACUGGGGACCUCAUCGAUGCCGGUCGAAAAUCGUCACAGAUGAGUCAGGUGAUAGUGGGAAAAGUAAACAGUAUUCGCUGUUGGUGAAGAAUCUCCGGAUGGCAACAAAGUACUCGUUCCACGUGAAGCCUCAAGCGAAGAAGAGCGAACAACGUGCUAGUGGUCGGGCAGAUGAGGGUGAAGAUGGCGACCAGAACGCUGCGAUGGCUGCCUUUAACCAUGGCCAAACGAUCAUCAUUCCAACGAAGGGCUUUUCGGCCCAUGCUACUCAAUGUUUGCCCCACGCGUCCGAAAUCGAGGUAGAAACGGGACCAUACUUUGGUGGACGCAUUGCAGCAGAAAAUGGUAACUGUGGCAUACAGGGUGACGCAACCAGCCCGCAGGAAUCGUACACGAUGCGGAUCGAUCAUGAGAAGUGUGGCAGCAAGGUGAGCACACGGGAUCUGACCGUUGAGACGUACAUCACCGUCCAGGAGAACCUGGGCAUUUUGACGCACAGUACGCGCCGGUUCGUAGUAGUCUGCACCUUCCAACCAGACACCCUGACGGUGCGGGCACGGUUGGCACUGCCGGGUAAGGGUGGGGCGGCUCCCGUACCCUCCUCCGAAUGGUGGCCGGCAAAUGGCCGAAAUGCACGUGUCCGGCAGUUCAACAUGGUGGACAAAAGUGGCUUGGUGCUGAAAGGAACGGAAGACGAACGGGACCAACCAGCCGAACAGCACAAUGAUGUGGAGGAGGAUACGGGCGUACCGGCCGAAGUGCGAGAACUUCCCGCCGUUGAGGCAGACAGCCAGAAGAAAGCAACCAGUGGGGAGAAGAGUGAUGAACUAUCGACACUAAAGGCACCAAAUCAACGUACCUCCGGUACGAAAAAUGCCAGCAACUACGCACGGCUCUUGAACGAGCAGCGGGCCGAAACGGACGAAGGGACCGGAUUAAUCGACGAGCUGGACGAGUAUGGACAGGAUCUGUCCGAGAACGAUGCUAAUGCGGAUGGCGAAGGAACCGGUGGCAUUGGGCUCAGUUCCAAAACGGUCAAUUCUCAACGCCGAUCUUCGGGCGGUUCCAGUGGCGCGUUCGAUGCGACGGGCCUGCUUAUAUCCGCCUGCCUGGCUGUGAUACUGAUCGGUGCACUCGUGUAUCUGCUGCAGCGAGAGUUCAAAAAGCAACGCAUGAUACACCAACAUCAGCAGAUGGAACGGACAGCUUCUGAGCGUCGGGGUGCAACAGGCAUCACCAUGUAGUGUAUGGUAUCGUUGACUGAACUGAAAACAUAGCUCCUCGGAAUUCCCCUCUCUUUUCAUUGCUACAUCAUUUCUUCCGGCUGUAUACUAUCCCUUUCGUACAUUUAUGCUCCAACAACCGGCGUACUCGAUUGGAGCAUGGUUAUUUAUAUUUCGUAACAAACAUCUGUGACUGCAAUUAGAAACCUAAGUAAGCUAUAACAUUUUAAAACGAAAGCCCAACGACGACGGUUAGGGAAAUCAAACACACUCACACAUUUACAAAUGCAAACAAACAAACAAAAAAUUGUAUGUGCGUACACGAAGCAGCACGAACCGCCUUAGGUUUUAGGAUUAGCAUUAAGAAAUUCACACUACCUUCUCCGAUUUC